UGAGGAGAUUCCUGGACUCUGUUACGUAUGCGUGCGUCCAUAAGGCAAGUUAUAAUUAGCACAUAUUGGGAUGACUGGUGAGGAGUCGCAUUUCCUUUGGAGCUUCAAAAGAGAAAAAGGAAAAAAGAGAAUUAACUUAAUGUGAGUGAGAGAAAGAGAUGCAAGUUUUGUUGAUUUGUUCGUACGUGUGUUUUUAGGGGGGUCGGUGGCCAAUUGUACUAUAGAUGAACAAGAGAGUGACAACAGAGAAAUGGGAGGGUUGAGUUAGAGAGAGAAAGAGGGGUGGGGGAACAGACACAGAGAUUUAUUUCCACAGCUGACAGUAAAGCUCCCGUCCCACACACGUUUUUGGAGGUGAAAGAGGGACUAAUACAGAAAAGAAGUUUAAAACUCAGAAAAAAUGGAUACCUUGGCUUUAGAGGCCACACAGCCCAAAAAGGCUCAGAAUGGAGCCUUGGCACCAGUGCCUGGACCCCCCACACCUGCCAAACGCAAACCUGCUAAAAAAACUAAGAAAGCUGUGGUCUUUUUCGAGGUGGAGAUUCUGGACGCCAAGACGAAGGACAAGCUCUGCUUCCUGGACAAGGUUGAGCCCAAUGCCACUAUCGGGGAAAUCAAGUCCAUGUUCCACAAGAGUCACCCUCAGUGGUACCCGGCCCGACAAUCCAUUCGCUUGGAUCCCAAGGGAAAAUCUUUAAAGGACGAGGAUGUGCUCCAGCACCUGCCCGUGGGAACAACAGCGACCUUCUACUUCAGAGACCUGGGUGCUCAGAUCAGCUGGGUCACGGUGUUUCUGACUGAGUAUGCCGGCCCUCUGCUCAUCUAUCUGAUGUUUUACUUCCGAGUCCCGUUUAUUUAUGCGCCUAAAUAUGACUUUACCACCAGCAAACACUGGGUUGUACAUUUGGCGUGUAUGUGUCACUCCUUCCACUACGUAAAGAGACUCCUGGAAACGCUGUUCGUCCAUCGCUUCUCGCACGGGACUAUGCCUCUCCGCAACAUCUUCAAGAAUUGCACAUACUAUUGGGGAUUUGCAGCUUGGAUGGCUUAUUACAUCAACCACCCGCUGUACACACCACCCACCUAUGGAGAACAGCAGAUCAGACUGGCCCUCAUCGUGUUCCUGUUCUGUCAGAUCGGAAACUUCUCCAUCCACAUUGCCCUGAGAAAUUUACGACCACCAGGAUCUAAGACCAGGAAGAUCCCAUAUCCGACUAAAAACCCUUUUACUUGGAUCUUCCUGCUGGUCUCCUGCCCCAACUACACGUAUGAGCUGGGCUCAUGGCUGGGCUUCACUCUGAUGACCCAGUGUCUGCCCGUGGCUUUCUUCACCCUGGUGGGCUUCAUUCAGAUGACCGUGUGGGCGAAAGGAAAGCACCGCAGCUACCUGAAGGAGUUCCGUGACUAUCCCACGCUCCGCUCCCCCAUCCUGCCCUUCAUUCUGUAGGACAGAGUCAUGCAGUAUUCCCCUCGUCUUUUUAACCUAUUCUUCUUCUCUCGUCCUCCUCGUAUCCUUUCUUUUAUACUGUGUCCAUGUCCCGCUUCCAUUCGUUUCACAUGCGUCGUUCCUGCAUUUGCUAAUAUCCUGGAACAGACUCAUUCUGAAUAAUAAAGUCAGCUCAGAUCCAGAACCUCCAGAAGCUUCGUUCUAAUAGCUCAAUAUCACCCUCUAUGGGUUGGAUGAUGUCUGUCAUCUGGAGAAAUCUCAUGAAAAUGAUCUAGAGCAUGUCCAGAUCAUGAUUCAGUCAGAGAAAUAAGAAUGUGUAUUUUGCACAAAGAAAAUAGAGCACAUUUUAUGACCAUUAUGAUUUUUGACAUUAUUUUCAUAAUCAAAUGGCCUUGGUUUUCAGUACAAAAAGUAUACAAUAUGAACAUGAAGUUUGUUGUUCUGAACUGAUGAUUGUAAUAAAAUCACUUUGUCGGGAUGUUUUUUUUUUUUUUGCUGCUGCAUUAAUGAAAAUGUAAUUAAUGAAAUGUCAAUACAGGUCAUGUACUUAUAGCAAAAUAAUUUUCCCCAGACAUGGAUGUUUCAUCUUUAGAUUCCCCUAUCUUGUUAUGUAACAUCUUAAAAGGCCGGUCCACCCAAAAAUGAAAAUUCUGUCAUUUCAUAUCAAGUUGUUCCAAACCUAUGUGAGUUCAUCAGCAACUGUUCGAUUCUUCUAUAUAUCUUAUAGGUUCAACGGAAGAAAGAAUCUUGCUCAUUUAAAAAUAAUAUGAGCCUGAGUAAAUGACACAUUUUUCUUUUUGGAUGAACUAUCCCUUUAAGAAGCUUUGAAGGAAACUAGUCCAACAUGUAUUUUCAGUAUUUCCCCCCCUCUGUAUCUUGUUUGUGCUCAGCUGCUGGAAAUCAUACUGUAUUUUGAGUGUACUACAUGCUAAAGUUUGUUUUUGAGAUCUCUGAUAUGCACUGACAAUGUGACUUCAGUAAAGAUGUGUAGUUUGGCUUGUGAUACUGAGCUCAAUAACCAAAACACUAAUGAGAGGACCUGAAGUAACCGGUCAAAGACCAGCGACUGUAUUCAGCACUGCAGAGACAAGUUUACUGUGUGUGUGUGUGAUUAUUACAUGUGAAGCUAAAGGUAACUUGGCGCAGACUGCAGAUGUCAGAACUGUUUUGUUGACCUAACAAUUUAUACAAAAUAAAAAACACUGUCAUUGGUUUGCA